CGGGCCGCGCGCCCCCUUGCUAGCCUGCCACACUCGGCGCCGCGCCUAUAAGUAGCGCGCAUGCGCCGGCGCAGCACUGCACCCACGGCUCGAGCUCGCAGCGACAGGCACAGGCAGCAAGGCUGGUUUCCUUCCUCGUCGAACGUCUGCCGCUGCUCGCGAUGGCCGGACGCGGAGGAGGUAGCAAGAGUAGCCUGUACGCGGCGCUGGGCGUGGCCAGCGACUGCUCCGACGCCGAGCUGCGCAGCGCCUACCGCAAGCUCGCCAUGAAAUGGCACCCGGACAAGUGCGCCGGCGCAGGGAGCUCCGGCGGCGGCGCGGACGCCGCCAAGGCCAGGUUCCAGAAGAUCCAGGGAGCGUACGCCGUCCUGUCGGACCCCAACAAGCGGAUCCUGUAUGACGUCGGGGCCUACGACGGCGAAGGCGACGAUGACGUACGGCGCCGGGGAGAUCCUCGGAGACAUUCUCGAGGCCAUGAGCCAGGCAGGCCCUGCCGCCGACAACGGCAAGGGGGAGAGCCUGGAGGACCUGCAGCGGCAGUUCGAGGAGCUGUUCCUGAGGCCGUCGCCGUCGUCCUUCUCGCCGCAGAACGACGCAGCUGGGAAGUCGGCUUCCAAGAGUAGGCCUGCUGGGAGGAAAUAGACAGGACACUGCGGCGAAUAGGUCGGUCCAGCUACUCCUGUUCCAGAUAAGCUACGACCUACGAGGUACCGAUACCUGGCCAGGAGCCCAGGACAGCGACCUGCGACGGCGACGAGGCUGCCAGUGCUGCACGCUCAAGUACAUGCUCCGAGUUGUAGCUACUACUGUAGAUCGGCACGGCAGUCGCCAGAAUGGUACCAUAAGGCGGCCGUACGCACACACGCAUGAACGCUGUUUUUACCAUCUCAGGUUCGCUGCAAAAUUUCCAGCGUGUUCUCUGUAAAAUCCCUGCAUGAUUGCUAUAAAGAAAUUCUUCGUGGGUACUAAUAAAUGGAGUGCUCAGUAAUGGCCAUCGUAUGAGAGGCAUAUGCUAAACAGCAAAAAAAAAGUUUU